UCCAUGUUGGGUAUACUAUCUGAAAUAAGGGGCGAGCGAGCCACAAAGCUUUCGCUGGCGUACCUUGGUGCACUUAUUACAUCGUCGGUUUGUGGUACACAAUAUCUCUUCUCCGCGUAUAGUACCGCGUUGGCGGAUCGAUUGGGAUUCAAUUCGGUGCAGAUAAAUACAAUUGGCAGCGCUAUAAAUUAUGGAACUUACUUGAGUGGUCCGAUCUCUGGAUAUAUUGUCGACAAUUAUGGUCCGAGAAGAACGUGUUUUUUUUCCUCGUUUUUCAUAUUUACUGGAUAUUUUUGCCUGGCAAUGACUUAUGGAGGAGUCUUUCCAUCAUCAUCAUUCCUUUUGUGUGCUCUAUACCUUCUCUUGGCCGGGAUGGCAUCAUCAGCAGCUUUCAACUCGUCUCUUGUGACAGUCGCCAGAAAUUUUGUAUCGAACCGUGGUAUCGCUUUCGGUUUCCCAGUGGCUUUGUUUGGCCUUUCUGCCUUUAUAUUUGCCCAAAUAAACAAUAUAAUUUUUACGAGGGACACAUAUGAUUUCUUGAUUUUCCUCGCAAUUGCAACUGGUUUAUCUAUGCUUGUCGGCAGUUUGUUUUUGGUAGCAAUGCCUAUUGAAGGUGAAUUGGUUGUUAGCGCAGAGAGGACUGAUCGGAUUUCCGAAACUCGAUCGGGCCCAUCGUUUUCCAACAACGAAGGCGACCUAGAAGUGGACCGAACGGAAGAUGCACCUCUGAUACCUAAGAAACGUUCUUUAACUUAUAUUCAAGAACCGGAUAUUGGCGGUUGGGAACUAUUUAAUAAUCGAGAUGCACUUUUUCUUUGUAUUACCUUGUUUCUACUCGGCGGAACUGGAUUGAUGUAUAUUAACAAUGUUGGGGCUAUCAUCAAAUCUUUGUACCUUAAUUCAUCCGAAAAUUCGAAUCCAAAUGUUCUGAACGGUUUUUCGGAGGAAAUGACACAGGAAAUUCAGAGAUUACAAAACCUUCAUGUUUCUUUAUUAUCAAUAAGCUCUUGCUUUGGUCGAAUUUCUGCGGGGAUCUUUUCUGAUAUUACCCGAAAUUUGUACAAUAUUCGACGAAUAAUUUAUAUUAUCUUAUCAGGAAUAUACCUUUUUAUAGGCCAUUUUCUUGCAGGCUUCAUGGUAAAAUCUCUUGGUAUGCUAUAUCCAGUGACAAUUUUGGUAGGAUUAGGGUUUGGUACGAUAUUCUCUAUUGCGCCAACAAUUACAAGCGAAUGGUUUGGAUCACGUAGAUUCGGUCUCAAUUGGGGAAUAAUGUCAAUGUUUCCGGCUUUUGGAGGUCAAUUGUUCAACUUCAUUUUCGGUUUCAACAGCGAUCUGCAUCAAGGGAAGUGUUCGGGAGACGAAUGCUAUAACAAAGCAUUUUACUUCA